AAAUAUAUAACUUAAAGCAUGGAAAACACACAAAUAACACCCGCAAUAACAAAUACAUCAACAGCUGCUGCUAUUAGAACAACUAUGGCACCUGUGGCAGCUUCACAAAUAGUAGGCGUGAUAACGUCAACUGUCAAUUCAGUAGCAGUGACAACAACAACAACAACGUCACCGAGCACUUUGAGUAAAACUCCCAUACACAACUUGCCAGUUGAGUUGCAAAACGAAGCUGCUAAGCGCAGAAGCUCCUCGCGUACAAUCAAACGCAAACGUUUCGACGACGAAAUUGUGGAAUAUAACAUAACUAUACCGACAAAUCGUGGCAGCGCGGAUCCUGGUCGCAGCAAUCGACCACGCACCACAUCACAGAAUUAUCCUGCGGCAGCCACCACAACAACAACAACAUUGCUACCCACUACGGUAGCAGUUGCAACAGUAAGUGCGCCAGAAACGCCGCCGACGCCUGCUAGUGUGGAAACGUUGCCUGGUACGCCAAGCAUAGUGUCAGUAAUCGCUACAACUUCGCCUGCAAUAGCCACAGCAGCGACGCCUAUAACAACGCUGCCUACAAGUGGCGCGCCAUUGCAACAUACACUGCCCCAAAGUUUACCCAAAGCGCGACCAGUGAUGUCUACCACCGAGCGCCGUCCACGCCCGUCGCGUCCUGCAAACACUAGAAAACCACGCCGCAAUGGUCGACCGCUGGCACAGAUGGCCACCAAGGAUUUGGGUCGCUGGAAGCCUAUAGAUGAUCUGGCCUUGGUCAUAGGCAUACAGCAGACCAACGAUCUGCGCAUGAUACAUCGUGGUGUAAAGUUCAGUUGCAAGUUUACGCUGCAGGAGCUGCAGCAGCGUUGGUAUGCGCUGCUCUAUGAGCCUGCUGUCUCACGCAUAGCUGUGUCUGCUAUGCGCAAUUUGCAUCCGGAGCUGGUGGAGUCAGUGCAGCGCAAGGCGCUCUACAGCGUGCAGGAGGAGGAUCUGCUGGGCACCAUUAAAAGCAGCGAAUCGCCCAAGUUGGAGCAGUUUCAGGAGCUGCUGGACAAGAAUGCUGGCACUUUCUAUUGCGCACGCACUCCCAAAUCGCUGCAUAAUCAUUGGCUGCUGCUCAAACAGUAUUGUCUGCUGCCGGAUCAAAGUGUUAAGCCGCUGCAGGGCUCUGAGCAGCCUUUGAGCUUCUCCGAUGCUGAGGAUCACAUAUUCGAACAGGAUCUGCAUGAGCCACGCGACGAGGCGCUGGAAAUUGAACUGGCUCUAGCGGAUCGUCGUAAUAAGCGCGAUAUACGUCUGCUGGAGAACGAACUCUCACGCUGGGGCGUGCUCGUGGACUCUGUGCUGGGCCCUACGGCUGCCAGCGAAUUUGAUAAUCAGACCUUGGCGUGCCUUUGUGGACGUUUAGUGCGCUAUUUGAUGCGCUCCAAGGAGAUAACAUUUGGCCGCGAGGCCAAAGAGUGCGGCGUCGAUGUCGAUUUGUCAUUGGAAGGACCCGCUGCCAAAAUCUCACGUCGUCAGGGCACCAUCAAAAUGCGCAGCAAUGGAGAUUUCUUUAUAGCCAACGAAGGUAAACGUGCUAUAUUUAUCGAUGGUACGCCCUUGUUAAGCGGCAAUAAGACGCGCUUGGCGCAUAACUGUACUGUGGAGAUAUCGGGACUGCGUUUCACUUUCUUGGUCAACUAUGAGCUCAUCAAUGCCAUACGCCAAGAAAGCGCCAAGACAUCGAAUCCUUUGAACUAAAGUUAAAGUCGAAAUUAGUUAGCAUGUAGUUUACAUAAAUAAUUAUAAUUAAAGUAUAAAUUAAAUGCUGAAAUUAUGUAUAGUUAUGUGUGUGACUUUGCUGCAAAAGUCAAAGUAAGAAUAUGCAUAGUACAGUAGAUAUUGCGCUAUAUACGCAACUACAGGCUGUCUCAUGUUCUUUGGUACAAACAAUUUGCAUUGUUUUUACAAUGAAAAUUACAAAAAAUAUGCUUUCAAAUAUAUGAAAAAAAUGUUAUUUGAAAUUUAUAUAAUUUUAUAAAAAGUAAAUGGCGCAAACAUUUCGGCUAAGAAUGUAGCUAAGAUCAUGCGACACCCUGUAUUUAAUUUGAAGCAAAAAUUCAGACUUGUGCAUAUUAAAGUUAAACCACAACCAAUAACUACUGCACAAUUGAUUUAUAAUCUUGACACCCACUUGCAAAUAAACUGUGGCUCUAGUUUUCUUAACAAUUGCGGUCUGAUCUGCAUAGCCCACGCUAGCUGGUAACACCUACGCCAACUUUUAGCCUGGUCUGGGCCCAAGAACAACGAGCAGUUAAAUUUAAUUUGUUAGCUAACUCGUAAGCUGUUAUUAAUUACAGAACAGCGCGACGUUCCUUCGCUCUUCAACAUGCUAAUCGUUGCUAAGAAUAAAAAGUUCUGUUUUGGGAAUUUCUAGACACACACGCGAUUGUUAACAACAAAAAAAAGAAUUGCUAAGCGCAUAUGUAUGUAAUUAUUUGCGUAUUUAAAUAAAGAGACUUUGUUAAAUUACAAGGCACACACAAAACUCUUUUAAGCAUAGAUAACUAACUAAUUUUAAGCUGUCUAACGAGGCGUAUGCUU